AGAAGAACAGCAAGCGACGAAGGACCUAGGAAAUUGUAUUUGUUACUGUCAACCGAGGCAAGGGAUCAGAGAAGAUAUCACAAAACCAAAUUGUUGGAGAAACAAUUUAAAUACAGAGAAAUUCUGAAACAUAGUGUUUCUUCGCUGGAAUCCAAUGGAAAAUCCUUUGCCUUUGCCUUCGCUGAGGCUCCUGGUCCCACCUCUGCGGUUGAUGUCUGCCAUCAUGUGGAAAGUGGUUCAUUUGCGGAGGACCAGGCAUUAUGGGAAAGUGGUGGAGUUUAUCUCCUUGGUGAAUGAAGCCAUCCCUGAUAUAUUGACUAACAGACAAAGGAAGCUGAUUACGCUAGGAUUGAAAAUUAAGAUGUUAAGCUCUGAUCAGGAUGUUAAGUGUGUUAAAGGUGUUUUGGAGAGCAUUCUAUCUGGCAUCUCAGACCAGGCUCAUCCAACAAAUGGAGGUUUUGAGAAACAUUUGGUAGCACUUGUUCAGAGACUUGUGGAUGACCAUGAAUGGAGACAACACUUCCUGAAGAAUGAGUUCCUAGUGCAUUAUGGGCCAGACUUUGAUACGGCACUGGAAACCUUGGUGUCGGAGUUCUUCACCAGAUUGGAUGAGCUGUUACUUAUUCCGGAUUUCAAACAGACAUCAAUGUGGAUUGGCGAUAAUGCACCGUCACUGUUAGAAGACUACAUGCAGUAUCCUUGUGAAGCUGAGGACUUCACAGUAGUGCUCAAAGGCACAAUUCAAAGAGGAAAAUUAGCCAAGAUGAACACCAAUGAUACGUCUACCUCAGAAGAGCAACUCGUCUCUUCACUUGCUGUCCCUGUUUCAACUAGGGAGACAACCUCCUCCUUGAAUGAUGACAGUCAAGAGUGCUUCCCAUUGAGUACCACAGAGGUUGAAGAAAUCACAAGGGUAUCUGUAGCCCAGCAGGAACCUGAGAUUUGCUCUCAGGAAGGAAUGGUUCUGACAAAUCUGUGCAAUAGCAAGGAAGAAGGAACAGCAGUUGUGCUUUCUGCUUUGGAUGACCAAGCUUUAGCCACCUCGCCAGCUCUUUCCACAUCAGCUCUCCAUUCUGGAUUGUCCACCUCUACCGCUGGCCCUCAGCAGCAAAGAGUUGCACAUAGAUGCGCUCACUGUAGCAAGUGCUACAUUUAUCGUUAUGAGCUCCUGGAACAUCAGAGGAUCCACACUGGAGAGAUGCCUUACAAGUGUACUCAAUGUGGAAAGGCUUUUAGGAGAAGCUCAGAUCUAUCUAGUCACAGACGGUCACAGUGCACAAAAGCUGCAUAUGUUUGCCUCAAAUGUAGCAAUAGCUUUCAGUCAAUACAGCACAAAUUUAAACAUCAAUGUGUUCACAAUACACGAACAUUUGACUGUUCUCACUGUGGAAAAAGCUAUAAGAGGAUGUGCCACUUGGAAAAGCAUGAGCUGUUUCACACUCAAAAGCGGAUCUUCACAUGCAGGAAGUGUGGGGAGAAGUUCUCGAGUAUGAGUGAGGUGAAAUUUCAUCAGAAGAUUCAUCCUGUUGGGCUGUCCAAUCAGUGCACGCAAUGUGGGAAAAUGUUUCCUUCUUCAGGAUCUUUGGCUUCUCAUGAGGAGAGCCACAGAACACAAAAAACACAUAUUUGUGCACUUUGUGGCAAAUCCUUCAAGAACAAACACGACCUGACUCGUCACAAUCGCAUUCACACAGGCGAGCGGCCACAUCAGUGCACGUACUGUGAGAAACGUUUCUUCAUGUUAACAAGCCUCACCGUACACAUACGGACCCAUACGGGAGAGAAACCAUACCUGUGUUCCGACUGCGGCAAAACUUUCGCAUCAGCCGGUGAGCUGCAGAUACACAGACGCACCCACACAGGAGAGAGGCCCUACAAAUGCACUGUGUGCCAAAAAGGAUUUACCAUGGCGCACAAACUAACUCGUCAUAUGCGUGUUCACACUGGGGAGCGACCAUACGUCUGUUCUGAAUGCGGAAAAGCCUUUUCAAGUAGCACCCAGCUGAAAAUUCAUAACAUGAACCACACAGGAGUCCGACCCUACACUUGGUCGCGGAAAGUGCUGGAGCCCAUCCCAGCUGUCAAAGGGCAGGAGGCGGGCUACACCCUGAACUGGUUGCCAGCCAAUCACAGGGCACAUGGAGACAGACAACAGUCACACCCUGGGGAAAUUUAGAGUCUCUAAUUAAUGCAUGUCUUCGGGAUGUGGGAGGAAACCAGAGUUCUCAGUAAAAAUAAGUAACAUUCUGUAAAUGAAAAAAUAUAUAAUGAACUAGAAAACAAAGGAUGAAAAAAAAUUACACAAAUGUCACUAAAAUGCGUGUAUUUUUUGGAAUGUAGCCCCCACGUUAAACCAGGGAACACUGUACAUCCUCUUCACUGGUCGUUGGUCAAUCACAGGGCCCUAUAGACAAUCAUUCCCACUCACAUUUGCAUCAAUGGGAAAUGUCUUCAAUUGACAGAUCAGUUGUUUUGAGGAUAGGCUCAUAUUGUCAGAUUUUUGCCCGCACUUACUGGGCUAUUACUGUAUGUAGUAGUAGCAGCGCAUGCACACACACCACAUCAGAUCUGUUUUAAACCAAUAUAAUACAAAUGGUGAACCUGAUGUAUCAUCUUUGUCUGCAUUGUCUCAUUACUUGGGUGGUUAUACUGUAUAUCGUUCCUAUGAUAGGAAGGAGGUUUGCACUGUUGGACUUUUACUU